AGCAGUGGGGCGGUGAGGGAAGAUGGCGGCGUGCAGACGGUGGCGGUUGGUGCGCGCGAUCGGUUUGAAUGGCGGGCGGGAGUGGAGAGUGGGCCGCGCGGGGCUGGUUACUGAGCCGGCUCCAAGCCCGACUUCCCGAUACCCGCCCGUCCUCCCGUCCCGUACCGCCAAAAGCAAGUCAGCUCAGAGGCGGAGGGUCGACGAGUUUUUCCAGCGGGUUCACGGGGCCCCCUCGGCGUCCGAGAAGAUCCGGCUCCUGACCCGGAUCCAGCGGCUCAAGUACGUCGUGUACCCGCAGACACUGUCCCUGGAGGCGGACCGCUGGUACCAGAGCUUCACCAAGACCGUCUUCGUGCCGGGGUUGCCCGGCCGCCUGAGCGGCCCCCAGCCCGGAGCUGAGCCGGAGCUCGGCCGCCUCAGGUCCCUGGUGUGCGAGGCGCUGUCGCAGGAGAACUUCUACGUGAAGAGGCGGCGGCCGUUCCUGUACCGGGACAGGGAGCAGACGGUGCUGCCGCUCCUCGGGAACAUGGUGCCGCGGCUCGUCAGCGCCUUGGCCUCAGAAAACCCGCUGCUUGGAGUCUCCUCCCUGGGUAAGGGGAGCCUCCUUUCUCUCCCUCUCUCACUUUCCAGACCGUCGUUAUUUCAGCCGCGAUCCUACGGGAUCCCUGUCAUAAUCGGACGGGGCAGCAAUUUCCCCUGA